AUGAAUCUCCUCAAGGGACCUCAGUGUUUCACUAAGAUUAUGGGCUUCUCUGAGAGAGGGGUGCAGGAGUACUUCCAGAAACUGAGAAAACUCAAGAUUCUUCAGCCAGCACUCUGUAUGUGUAAGAUUAUGAGGUUGUCAGUGGAGCACCUGUCAGAAGUUGCAGAUUUGAUCCAGAUUCUUGGUGAAUCAAAAAUCCUGAGACAGCUGAAAGUUCAGGAGGAUGAGAACAGUGCUGAGAGUCCCAGAUGGUCACUUAACCUGUCAAUCAUUCGUGGAGAUGUCUUGUUGUCUUUGAGCUCCUCAGAGAAGAAUCCAUCAUUUCCAGCAGUCUUAAACAUCACACUUACAUGUCCACAAUCAGAAAUAUCCAGCACUGACUGGUCACUCUUCUUGGAGAGACUCAGCAAGACAGGAAAAGUAGCCGAAGAUUCUUCAGCUCUUGAUGAGCAUGUCAGUUUGCUACUGUCUUCUUUUCACUCUGUGGGUUUGAAGACGUUGGAUCUAAAGCUGGUCAGUCUGAAUGGAAGCUGGGCUUCUGGGAUCAUUUGCCUCGUCCAGACCUGCACCAGUCUACAGCAGCUCAAUGUCUGUGCUGAUUUGCUGUUAGAAGAGGGAAUCAUGUUGCUGAACAAAUCACUGACAGAUCCACACUGCACUGUGAUCAUUGAAGGGAGUGAGAGCAGUAAACACACUGACCAGUGCAAAGAACUGGACUGCAGUCACAGCUGUUAUGACAAAGUGAAAAUUCACUUCAAACCGACAGUUUUGAAACAGCUAAAGAAGUUGAACAUCUCUGAGCCGGAACCAUCUGUCAUGAAUCUUUACUGUCAGUCUUGUGUUCACAUUGGUGAUUCUGAUCAGUGGGUUCAGGUGGAGCCGUUAGCCUGUACGGAUGAAGGAGGGUCAGAGUUCAGGAUCAGCACUCCGGCGGGUCGAUUCGAGUGCAGCAGGACCAGAAUGCGAUGGGUCUGUGCUGGUGACGUCACUCUCGAGUACCGUGCAGUGGAUGGAUGUUUCCUCAGUGAAGAGCUGGAGAGGCUUCAGUGUGAGCGAAUUGGUCCUGUGAUUGAUGUGACAGUGAUCUCAGGGAAACUGGAGGAGGCCCAUCUGCCUCAUUACGCCUGUUUGGCAGAGUCAUACUCCUCUCUCAAAUAUGCUGUAAAAGUCCUUGGAAUCUUGGAAUCAGUGGAGCUGACUUGUUUUCAUGCCAAAAUACUCCAACCAUCCUUUUGGCCUACCACAGUGAUUAAAGAAAAAGGCAUUCCUGUUGAACAACAUUUAGAUCUUCUUAUCUUCAUGACAUCCGAAGAUCCUCUUAUUCUCCAUGUCUACUUUCUUCCACUGUUUGAUACUUUUUCAAAGGAAAAAAUUAAGCAGGAAGAAACAGCAAAUAAUCCUCAUGUCCUUGAAAUUGAGCACCCCAGCCCUGGCAUGAAAACUCAAAUGGACACACCACAUGUUCUUAAAGUAUCUGGUGCCAGUGUAGAUUCUGAAGAAGGGAUUACAUUUUUAAGCAGUAUUCACCCAGUCUUCUUCAAAAUCAAACAAGACAUAGAUGGG